AUGGCCAGAAACAGAAAUAUCCCGCGGCGCGGGCGACUACAAUGGAGUGCUCAGAUUUAUCAAGAUCAUGCAAGCCAGCCUGCAGCUCUGUUAGUCUACAAAGCAACCACACCGGAACCCGAGGCGACAUAUCCAGCCUUCGCAAUUCAGGUCUAUACGACUGUUGCUCUCGAUCAAGAGGAUGAUCUCAUUGCCAUAUGCCGAUACUUAUCCCGUGAGAUAUCCACAUUACCCGGGCCGUCAUUUGAGAUCUAUUCUACCCCACAAACCGAUGUAUUCGCCUGCGUGGAGCAUCAGCGGCGUGAGAUAUUCCAUCGCAAGGCCAUUUCACCAUCUCGAGAUGAUGGUCUCUCCCCUGGGAUCGCCAAGGUUGCCCUCAGCAGAGAGGAUCCGCAACUCCAGGGAGUAAUAUUUGUUAUUAUGUCCUACAGUUUCCGCGACUAUCCGCAUUACCCCGAUGAUGAAGCCGAAACCGGACCUUUGUUCGUCAAAUUCGACCGCUGUUUUCCGUACCAGGCUCGCGUUGACCUGCCUUCGCCCAAGCCUGAUGACGACGAGGGAUGGGAGGAGGAAAUUUGGCCGGAACGGGAGCAUCUUGUGGUCCGCAAGUGCCGAAAUAUCUACCAUGUCCGUCGAGAAUUGGCCUCCCUUCACAUUCGAAGUCAACGUGAUGAUGUGGUUGAGGAUUAUGUGUACGAUUACGGCCUGGGAGAGGAUGAGGGCGAUCCUAAUAGGUCAGUUGAACCACCUACGCCGGAUAUUGUAGAGGAGUGGCAGCGCAGAGCCGACUCACUGCCCAAGGAGAUUGCUGUUGUCCAGCCAUCCUCCGACAAUGGAGUUGUUGUCAUGACUUCGGGCGCUAUAACUACCUCGGACCCAGAACUCAGAUAUAUUAUAUACGUGACAUUCGCUCACAGAAUCGAAAAUCACCUGACGUUGCAGACGAUCGGUCGCGCUUUCACUGCCGCGAUCUUGGAGAAUGUCCCUGGACAGAAGACUGUACACUUUGAAUUCCAUUCGGUCCCCAAUUCAUCAUUGGGCGCAGCUCUAUCGUCGCAUCGAGAAUUGAUGAAAUCACGACCAGAGGUGGGAGUGGCCGUUUCUCGGCCCACUUCAGGACAAAGAGCCCGCAAGUUCCCACAAAAGGGGUACAAUCGCGGCCACCCCAGUGACAGGGAACCUUAUCAGACAUUUUUUGUGGUUCUUGACCGCCCAGACUUUCUCACCGGGCCAGGGGUGUUGUUUUUCUUGGCCGAUGGAGACGAGAUUACCGAUGAGGCGAUGCAAAACGUCUACAACUUAUAUGGAGAACCGAACCAACCAAGAGAUUAUGCGAUGUUUCGGGUUUGGCGCAGUGUGGGAAUCCAAGAGGUGGCGCGGAGACUCGCAAUGGUCUAUUGA